GGGGGGGGGAGCGGAGCUGCGGAGAGCGGCGCGGCGCUGGCCGGGCGCCGGAGGGGGGGAUUGGGGGAGGGGUGGAGACGAGAAGAGGCGAUGGCGGCCAUCGGCUCCUCCAACAUCGGAUUCCAGCUGCUGAAGAAGUCAGGUUGGAAGGAGGGCACCGGCCUUGGAGCGCAGGAGCAGGGAAGGUUGGAGCCUGUAGAGAGUCGUGUUAAGAACAACAAGCGUGGUCUAGGUUCUAAAGAACCAAAACCAAAGCCAAAGGUGGAUGAUGAUGUUGAAAAAGAUCCCCAAAAGCCCAAGCAGGACAUGCAAUCAAAGAAAAGGGCAAAGCUAGCGGCAAAGAGGAUAAGGAAGAUGCAAGAAGAGGGCAAGCGAUUGCAAGAAAAGGAAUUCGAGAUGGCUUUCUUUAGGGAAUUUUGGCCUGAUAAUGUGUAGAGCAGAGCUACUGACUUUGGCUGAUAAGGCGAAUGUACAGGUCUUUAAACGCAUAGCAUGUUUUGCGACCGCCAAUCUGUUUUGUCAUCCCACUAAGAGCCAGUAUCCAAUUGCCAUUCAAUUCUCACUAAUAUGUGCUGUUGUGUUACAUCUGAUUGUUGGUUCUUAAAAAAUAUGAUUUGGGUUGUUCGUAAUAUCCUGUUUCGGUA